GUUCUGUGCCGGGGGAAGCGCAGGUCUGCGUCCAUCGGAGUGAGGCCGUGGCAUGAUCCGGAGCGYGGUGCCGGCCCUGCGCCGCGUCCUGCUGCCGAGGGCCAGCGGUGUCGGACACAGCCGGUGCUUCAGCAAGGCAAAAAUGUCGAGGCUGGUGCAAGCUCGGAGGCUGGAGGGAGUGGAUCAGAAUAUCUGGGUGGAGUUCGUCAAGCUGGCGGCCACCCACGCCACCGUGAACCUGGGCCAGGGCUUCCCGGACUUCCCGCCGCCGGACUUCCUGAGGGAGGCGUUGGUGCGGGCCGUCGGCGGCAGGAAUCACCUGCUGCACCAGUACACCCGGGCCUUCGGCCACCCUCCACUGGUGAAGAUCCUAGCCGAGUUUUUUGGGAAGCUGCUUGGGCGGGAGCUGGACCCUCUGAACAACGUGAUGGUGACCGUGGGGGCCUACCAGGCCCUUUUCUGCUGCUUCCAGGCCUUCGUGGAUGAAGGCGAUGAGGUGAUCAUCAUUGAGCCCUUCUUCGACUGCUACGAGCCCAUGGUGAAGAUGGCAGGUGGGACACCCGUGUUCGUCCCACUGAGACUGAAAGCGCCAGGGGCUGGAAAACCCAUGUCCAGCGCGGACUGGCAGCUGGACCCAGCCGAACUGGCUUCCAAGUUCAGCAAGCGGACUAAGGCCCUUGUCCUGAACUCGCCCAACAACCCGCUGGGCAAGGUGUUUGGCCGGGAGGAGCUGCAGCUCAUUGCGGAGCUGUGCAUAAAGCACGAUGUCCUGUGCAUCAGCGACGAAGUGUACGAGUGGCUGGUCUUUGAUGGGAAGGAGCACGUCCGCAUUGCCAGCCUGCCGGGCAUGUGGGAGCGCACCAUCAGCAUCAGCAGCGCCGGGAAAACCUUCAGCGCCACGGGAUGGAAGGUGGGCUGGACGGUGGGGCCAUGGCGGCUGCUGCAGCACCUGCACACGGUGCAUCAGAACAGCGUCUACCACUGCGCCACGGCCGCCCAGGAGGCCGUGGCCGUGGGUUUCCGCUGGGAGCWGGAGCGCCGGGAGCGAGCGGACAGCUACUUUGCCCAGCUGGCCCGGGAGCUGCAGGGCAAGAGGGACCGGCUGAUACGGAGCCUGGAGGCCGCUGGCAUGACACCCAUCGUYCCCGAGGGCACCUACUUCUUGGUGGCAGAUGUGUCCACCUUCGCAUCCGACGUCCCUGAGGCCCCCGGCUCCGACGAGCCCUUCGACUCCCGGUUUGCCAAGUGGAUGGUCAAGAACAAGGGCCUGGCCGCCAUCCCGCUCUCCGCUUUCUACUCGGGGCCCCACAAGAACGACUACAGCCGCUUCGUCCGCUUCUGCUUCGCCAAGGAGGAAGCCACCCUGGAUGCAGCAAACGAUAUUCUGCAAAAAUGGAAACAGGAGAGAGCUGYUCCCUGAAGGCUGCGGAUGGCGGCGCCGGCUCUGCUCCGACCCCAUCCGCCGCAUCCCACUCUCCUUCCCGGCCUGUGAACUUUGCAUCAGCCCUAUGUCUGCGCGUUCAGCCCUGCUCUGUCAGGACAGGCCGUGGGGUUGCCACACGCAGUGGGGAGGAAAGGGGACAUGCAGYGAGGGACGGCUGGUCUGAGCCGGCUCAGGGAUACUGCUCCUGCUCACACCCAUACCGAACUGCAACGGGAGCAGCCACUGGAGCAGCCAGCAGAGCAGCCCUCUGGCAGGUCAUCUGCUUUCAACACAGACAGGGACGUGAAAUGGCAUCUUCACUCCUGCACAAGCUGCCCGUAAGGGAUGGCGCAAUGAGGAUUUGUAGUGAUUAAAUUAUUAAAGUGG